AUGUUCCACGUCAGUACGAAACCACCAAGUGGAGAAAGCUACGAACUCUAUGCAUCAAUAUUUGCAUCUGAAUCAAGUCCAGUUGAAUUACACCAAUUUUCCACCUUUUCUGCCCUAUUCACCCUUUUGUUAGUUUUGAUUGCAUUUGCAUCAUUAUCAAUGACAUUAUUGGGAGAUGUGAAGAAGAAGUCAUUGGUUUCAUAUUUGUCCAAUUCGAUUAUUGCUUCGAUUUCUGUUGCUUUGGUGGCUGCUCGUUCUAGUGCUGAUGAAUAUGCUACCAACCCCAAUAUUUAUGAAUUAACUCCAUCUACUUUUAAUAAAGUAGUUUAUAGAUCAAAUUAUACAACCAUUGUUAAAUUCUAUGCUCCAUGGUGUGGAUACUGUCAACGAUUAAAACCAAUCUAUGAAAAAUUAGGAAAAUUAAUUAAUCAAGACACUCAAUAUUCAAUCAAUGUCGCCAGUGUUAAUUGUGAAAAUGAAGAAAAUAAACCACUUUGUAGUCUGAUGAGAAUUCAAUCAUAUCCAACCCUUUUAAUCUUUCGUCCUCCAAAAUAUGAACUUGAUGAAACGAAAGCAAAGAAAUCUAAAAGAUAUCAAAGUCAACAACAUGCUAAUGAGGUUUAUAAUGGUGAAAGAACCGUGAAAGAUCUUUCGAAAUUUUUAAUAAGUAGAAUGAAGAAUUAUGUUCAAAAGUUUCAUAAUUUAAAUAGUGAUGAUUUAGAACCAUGGUUUGGACAAGAAGGUACAAGACCUAAAUUGUUAUUGGUUACCCAAAAGAGAACCAUUAAUCCAUUAUUGAAAUCUUUGGCUAUUGAUUUCCUUGAAAGGGUUGAUAUCGGAAUGGUUAGUAAAGAUGAUUCCGGAAAUCGGACAUUUGAAAUUGGAAAGGAGGAUGUUGUACUUCCUGGAGUUGAAGGUUCUGCAUUGUUUUAUUAUGAUUCCGAAGGGAAAAAGUUUGUGAAAUAUGAUAGAACUGAGAAAUUGGAUGAUAAAACGAAAAUCACUCAAUGGAUUAUCGAUGUGACUAAAGUGAAUCCGAUUGAAGGUCCAUUAUCGAAAAAGGGAGCUAAAUUCGAACAGUAUAGAACAGGUAAGAAGAGUAAGAAGAGUACCACUUCUUCUGAAUUAAAGAAAAUUCAACAGGAAGAGACUACCAGGAAGGUAAAAUCCAAAUCUCAAAAGGUGAAAUCUGAAGAUAAAUCUAAACCUGAAGUCAAGUCCAAACCUGAAAAGGCAACAGCUAAGACUUUGGCACAUGACGAAUUGUAA